AUGACGGACAAUACCGUCGAAAUAGCCUCCCAAGGCAAUGAGCGACCAGAUUGGCUCGUGUACCCCGCAGACUCCUACAGGUUCCGCGAGGAUUCCGCACCCAUCGGACGCGGCCUGCUGUUCAAGAGCUCGGAUGAGAUCGUGCGGAAGCGCAUCCGAGCCUACAACCAGAAAGGGUUGCGCAUCACGGUCUGCGGCGUGAUUCUGUGCCAUCGCAAUGGGUUCCCGCACAUCAUGCUCCUGACGGAUUCGGAGGGUUCUUGCGGGCUGCUGGGUGGCAAGUGCAGAGUAUUCGAGAACCCGAAGGAGGCACUGCGGCGGAAGGUAGCGCGGUUCAUUUCAGUCGCUCGUAAGGGAGCGCUCCAGCUCGACCUCCGCGCCAACGCCGAAAACGUCAACGUCGGCGAGUUUCUCGGCGAGUUCUGGCGGCAGGACUAUGAUUCGGAGGUCUUGCCGUAUCUGCCAAUUCAUGUCAACCGCCCUCGGGAGAGGAUUCUGAUUUACCAGGUGACGCUGCGUGACCACUGUUCGAUCGUGGCUCCGAGCGGACUCCAGAUAAUCCCGGUGCCGCUUCACGACUUCUACCUUCCGGAGCAGGGUGUGGCCAUAUCGGCGCUGCCUCACCUUCUCGCGCGCUUCAACAUGCGGCUGCUAGGGCUGCAGAAAGUCUACACCCGCAUCCCGGUGUGUACAACGCUCAAGCCGGAGUCUGUAACCAUGAACACCAUUUGCCUAUCUUCAUGUGGAAACGGACCGGAUGACACUACUCUGGUGUGUAGCCCUCAAGCUGAGACGUGGAAGACCCGGCUGGCGGUGGACGCUAAGAGCGACUUCUCCCUAACGGAUGAUUGCCUGGACGGGAAGAAGCGCUACAAGUGUUUACCGUACGAGAGCUCCGAGAUCCAGUGCAUGGACGCUGCGUUCGCCACGUACCCCGUAGGGUUCAGCUGCUUCACCAGCUGCGGCGAGCUGAAAUGCCCGUCUGACGACUUCAUGAAGCCAUCUGUUUCGGACGACUUUAAGCUCGCCGACUGCAAGAGCAGCUACCGAGUGCGCUGCCGGAUACACCCUAAUAACGAGAACCAGCAGAUCAACGUGCCAGACUUAACCAUGGAGCUGCAGCUGGGCGGCCGCAGCUACCUCGGCAAGGCGUUGCGCCCGGCCGCAUCGCAAUGA